UUCCAAAGACUGAUUCAAACAGUCCGUGCGAAAAAUCGGUGUUCAAACACCAUCAGAAUGGGAAACGCAAAGUUGCCGAUCGUACUGGUAGGACUUUUUGUCCUACUGGCAUCCACAAUCGAAGCAAAAAAGUUCGACAAAUGUUCGCUGGCCAAGGCUUUGCUGGCUCAAGGAUUCAGCAAAGCAGAUCUACGUAACUGGGUCUGUCUGGUGCAGAAUGAAAGCAGCAUGGACACCAACAAGAAGCACAACAACAGCAAUGGAUCCACCGAUUGGGGCCUGUUCCAGAUCAACGAUCGAUACUGGUGCGAUCCACAGGACAAGAAGAAAAAGACCUCGAACGAGUGUAAGGUCAAAUGUUCGGAAUUCCUGAAAAGUGACAUCAGCAAGGCUUCCACAUGUGCGAAAAAAAUCUACAAACGACACGGUUUUAGCGCCUGGUACGGAUGGACAAACAAAUGUAAAGGCAAAGUUCUUCCCGAUUUGAGCAAGUGCAAACUGUGAAAAAUGGGGACAAACAAAUAAUGUUUCGAGACAAAUAAUACUAUGAAUAAAAUUUACACUAUACUUCUGGUAUUUGAAAGAAGACUUCAAAAUAUGAUGCUUCCAAAAAAAAUAA